UAUAUAUUAUUUUAAUAGUUUUUUAGUGUUUAUAAAAAAGUUGUCAAGGAGGUUACGUGUAGGGACAAGGAAAUCUACCGAUGUGCACCUUCAACAUCAUCAGCUGUUCGGCUAUAUUUGUCAGUGCGCAGAAUGGACGGCGCAAACACGCACACUGCCACCUUCAGCACAACUAUAUUGCUAGGAGAACGUAGUGUGACGAUCAGACAGUUAGGGGGGAAUAUGGAGAGAAGACUCAUCUGCCCACUUUGCUGAAUAAAGAAUAAAAAGUAAAUAUAUUAUCUCACCUUUGGUGAGAUAUAUUUGUGUUAUCUGGUGCUCUUAUGGACUCGCUAAAACUGACUUCACAACAAGGAACUUGGUUAAAUGUGAAACAAGUGGCAAACCCCGAAUGGAGAGACCAAGUAUCAAACAUGGUGUCUGUUUUUCCUGAUAACAACUCAUCAUCCACGACACCCGAAACUGAAAAUCAAAACUUUUGGAACCUAACGACAAAAUGCAUUGUUGGAAUACUACUCGUACUUAUUAUAUUCCUGUCGAUAUCCGGGAAUAUUCUUGUUUGUGUAGCGAUCUACACCGAUCGAAGACUAAGAAAACUCGGGAAUCUCUUUUUAGUGUCUUUAGCUUUAGCCGAUUUAUUUGUGGCAUCUUUAGUAAUGACGUUUGCAGUAGCCAACGAUUUAAUGGGUUAUUGGAUGUUUGGAUCUCAGUUCUGCGAUACUUGGACUGCUUUCGACGUCAUGUGUUCGACUGCAUCGAUCCUCAAUCUCUGUGCCAUAAGUUUAGAUAGGUUUAUUCACAUUAAAGAUCCCUUGAGAUACGGACGCUGGAUGACCAAGAAAAUAGUUUUAUCUGCUAUCGGUGGUAUAUGGAUAUUAUCAGCACUCGUCUCCUUUCUGCCAAUAAGUUUGGGUUGGCAUAAACCUAAUAAAAUUCAACCUCCACCCGUUAUUGACGGACAACCCGUGUGUGCUCUGGAAUUAACCACUACUUACGCAGUUGUAUCUUCUACUAUCAGCUUUUACGUUCCCUGUGUUGUCAUGGUGGCUCUUUAUACUCGACUCUAUCUCUACGCCAGAAAACACGUACGAAAUAUCAGAGCGGUUACAAAACCCGGUUUCACACCACCCGCUAAUCCGGCAGCCAAACCUACAAAAUUAGCAAGGCCGUUCAGUCAUACAUCUUAUCACAGUAUGGACCACAAAGCAGCCAUUACACUAGGCAUCAUUAUGGGUGUGUUUCUAGUGUGUUGGGUACCGUUCUUCUGUGUUAAUAUUGUACACGCUUCCUGUAACGACUGUGUGUCCGAAUGGACGUUUAAAGGGCUUACCUGGCUCGGAUAUUUCAAUUCGGCUCUGAAUCCAAUUAUCUAUAGUAUAUUUAAUACAGAAUUUCGCGAUGCAUUCCGUAGGAUCUUGGUUACUUACCUCCAUGUUAAAUGCUGCGGAUUGUGUUACAUCGAUAAUGGUAGCCAAUGGAAUAAUAAUAACCAUAGAUCGUCGCCUAUUAAUGGUAACCCCGUAAACCAAAUCGAAGCUCCCGGAAAUUGGCCCGGAAAAUCGGAUGUUUGACUCGUUCUAUCUACUUGCGGCUAUCAUUCCAUAUUUAUUAAUUAAAAAAAUAAAUAAUGCCCACAAUUUUCUAGGCAAUAAUACAAUUUAAGGCCUAAUUGCUAAUGUUUAUAACUUUCGUUAUAUAAAUAUAAGGUCUAAUUUAGUUUGGGUAAGUUUCCAGUCACAGGAAACUCGAAAAUGUUUGUGUUCCUAUGUAAAUUCUGCAAGUCCAAACAUAAACGUGCCUAUAUAAAAUGUAAGCAUUUAUUAAAUUAAAAGUUUAUACGAAAAAUAAUUAAAAUCAUAUAAAAUAUAAAUUUAAAACAUAUCUUUUAAAGAGGAAAAUUAUGCUUACAGAGAUUUAAAAAAAUGAUAAUCAAAUAUUUUAAAUAAUAAAUUAUUGUAAUACACAAAAGAGCAAAAAUCAUAAAUAAUUUUAUAAAAAUUUAGCUUACAGAAAUUAGAAUUUUGAAAGAAUAUUUUUGGAUAAAGAACUAAAAGAAUAUUCAUUUUUUGCUGAAAUUAAAUACAGAGUAGCCUCUAGUUAACGAAGAGUCCCAAAAUAUCCUCCGAUAGUAGCAGUCUUAUAUAUACAUAUAUAUGUAUAUUUAUUUAUUUUAAUCGAGUUAAAUAUAGUAAAUUGUUAUUACGAGAAAUAAAGUCACGCUGUAAACGCACAGAAAAUAUGUAAAAGAAAUUAUGACGUAAGUUGUUUAAUAUUAGAAUGAAUAUUCGACAUUGUAACGCCACACAGGGCCGGCACGAGUUACAGGCACACUAGGGGGAUGAAAAUUUAGGGGCAUCACACCAGCAUCGGUUAAAGGGCGCUACAGCGCCCUUUAACGUUGGUGUUGGUGUGGCGCCAAAAUCUUCCUAGAGUGCCAAAAAACUCUCGGCCCGAACCCGACGCCAUAUGUUUGUAAAUAAUAAUUCUGUAUUGUGAAAAUAAAGAUAAUUUAUAGUCUUAUUGAAGUAACGAAGUAUAUUGUUUUUUUGCUCAAGAUUACGUAAUAGAAGAAUAUACAUAACACGAGGAUGCUUUUGUGUAUGUGUUAAGAUCGAUUUUUUCAUUUAUAGCUGUAUGUCGUUUAAGUUAAAUGUUGUAAAAUUGUUUUA